AUGUUCGAUCUUAAUACAAGAAACUUUGAAGAGAUCAUUGGACGUCUAAAAGCAUAUGAAGAGAGGAUCCUUGAUGACGAAGAUGGUGAGGAAGAUCAAUCAAAGUUAAUGUAUGCAAACGAUGGACAAAGUAGCCAAGCAAACCGGAUAUCUCAAGAUCAAUCAAACCGUGGAUCACAAGAUAACCAAUACUACUAUGGAGAUUCUUAUCAAGGAAGAGAGCUUCUUCUCAAGCUACAGGAAACUCAGGAAUCCGAUAACACCGAUACACAAGAAGCUGACAAGCUCAUGAUGCAUGAGGUUGUAUUCCUAAACGAGAAGAACGUCCUACCUGAGAAGUAUGAAACAGGCACCGAAGGAGAAAACAUAUGGUAUCUUGAUAACUGCGCGAGCAACCACAUGAUUGGAGAUCAAAGAUAUUUCUCAAAGAUCGACAAUACUAUCACCGGAAAGGUAAGGUUUGGGGAUGACUCGAGGAUAGACAUCAAAGGCAAGGGAACAUUUGCAUUCACAGAUAUGAACGGAGAUGCAAGGAAGAUGACUGAUGUCUAUUUUAUUCCUGACCUCAAGAGUUAUAUUAUAAGUCUAGGUCGCGCGGGUUGUGACAUUAGGCUGAGAGGAGAAGAGUUAACAAUGCAUGAUCAGCGUGGAAAACUACUUGUGAAAGCAAAACGUUCAAAUAACAGGCUGUAUAGGUUUACAUGGGCAUAA